CAUUUGGUAUCGCUCAAUUCAAUGGAGAACAAUGUUUUUUCUGAGCGCGGUUCGCAAGCAGCAUCCAUCGUUGGCCUGGCAAAUUUCAUUUUAGAUGAAUGCUCGGCAAUGGAGAGAGCGUGUGAGGAAGACGGAACCCCUCAACCUAGCAUGCUGGCUGGCACGAGCACGGCUUUCUGGUCAGCAGAUGCACCCAAACUCACCUCUUCUCGAUCAAAGGCGCUUGGGCUACUGGAAAAACUCGCCACCCUCCUACAAGGACCCCAUGAAUUUCUUCACGAAUUUGUCGCGCCCAAUUGGGAUCAUGGGGCGCUUUACGCUUUCCUGCAAUCCUCAGCCCUAGAGUAUAUGGCAUCGUCUGAUAGUCCCGUGUCCCUAUCUAGUCUUUCGCACACAACCGACAUUCCUGAAGACAAAUUAAAGCGUAUACUGGCUCUUUUACGAUGCAAAAAUAUUGUAGAUGAGCGAGAAGAAGAUAUGUUCACUCUUACUGCUGUGUCAGAGGAGCUGAUCAGGGAUCAAGACUUCAGAGCUUGGGUUGAGUUUCAACUGUUCGAGACACGCGUCGCAAGUGCUCAUCUGGCUCAGGCACUUGCCAAGAAGCCCAAUGAUUAUGAAAACGGGAGCUCGGGUUUCGCCGAAGCAUGGGGAUCUGAAAUGUACGACUGGCAUUCAAAGCACCCAGACAAAGGGGACCGCUUUCGGCAGGCAAUGCGAGGAGUGUCGAAGUCUUUGGAUCCGGCGGACUCUCUACUUCGCAAACACAUUCCCUCCGGUGGAAUUUCUUCGGGACGUAUCAAGAUUGUCGAGAUUGGCGGAAGGUAUGGCUUUGCGUCAAUUGCCCUCGUCGAGGAGAGACCGGAACUUUCCUUUGAAGUCCGCUGUGACUCGCAAGACUUCAUACGACGCGGAGCUGCUCUCGUUACAGCGUCUUCAAAGGAACGCAUUACCUUCACCGACGUAGACUCUCUGACAGAUUCCUUAUCGAAGGGUGACUCAACUAGUGUUUUCGCGUAUGUCAUCCGUAAUGUUUUCUGGAAUUGGACGGACCACGAGGCGAUAAAACUGCUUCAAGCUUUGCUACCCACUUUAAGAGCCGCACCAUCUACCCGUAUCUUGGUAACAGAUGGUGUGUCCCCGGUAUCUAAGCAAUUCCUACAGCAUAUCGAGAUUGCGUAUCGGCGAAGAGACAUUACGACAAUGGUAAUGCACAACGUAAAGCAAAGAACGCAGGCAGAAUGGCUCAAACUAUUUUCCCAGGUACAUCCAAGCUUGAAGAUCACUACGGACUUUGAGACCAGCACACAUGUUUGCAAGGCGCUCUGGAACCUUAGUUUAGAGUCUUGA